GUGUGGGGGGAGGAGGCACACCCCUGCACCCGCCUCCGUAUCUGCACUCGGCUGUUGCAGUCUGACCUAUUGUUAACCCCGGGUCGUAAGUCAUGUGAUUAUGUUUUAAUGACCCAGAUGGAAUAAUUAGGCAGGGCGGCUUCGAAGAAUGGAGAGACCGCCAGUUAUACCCACAUUUUAUUAUAAAGGCGUCGCCACAUCUGCUGGUAUUUUAAUGGUAUGGAUGUUUAUAUAUGAACUGAUUUGUAUGGUUAUGCUAUCUAUGGUGUUAUAUGGUGUUUAUCAUUAUACAAUAUACAAAAGAAAUAAAGAAGUUAAAAUAGAUGUGACAGGAAAAGCUAUAUUUAUAACUGGAUGUGAUACUGGCAUUGGACAUGAACUGGCAUUAACAACUAAUGAUCAAGGAUUUGUUGUAUUUGCUGGUUGCUUGGAUCCAGAUGGUAAUGGUGCUGAAAUACUAAGGUCAAGGUCGUCUAAGAGAAUUCAUAUAGUUAAAUUAGAUGUAACUAACGAUGAACAAGUAGAAGACAGUCUGCAAUAUGUGAAAAAUACAUGUAAAGAAAGUGAUCUGGUAUUAUGGGGUUUGGUGAACAAUGCUGGCAUAGUAGUUGAUGGUCUAAUAGAAUUACUCAAUAUAUCUGCUUAUAAACAAGUCGGGGAUAUAAACCUGUAUGGUGUAGUUCGUGUUACUAAAGCUUUCCUACCCUUACUUCGGCAAUCAAAAGGUCGUAUCAUGAACGUAUCCAGUGAACGGGGUAUAAGAUUUCCUUACGGAUCAUAUGUCUACUGUAUGUCUAAAACAGGAGUGGAAGCAUUUUCUGACAGUCUUCGUCUAGAAAUGUCUAGAUUUGGUGUAAGGGUUAGCAUUAUAGAACCAGGACAUUUUGGUAUAGCUACUUCUAUAGUUCAAAAGCCAGUUAUUGAUAGGAACAGAAAACUAUUGGAAACCGAAUAUGAAAACUCAUCGAACUGUUUAAAAGGUGUAAAAGAAGUAUAUUGUCAACAUGAUAUUAACUCUGUAUUAAAUGCUAUGGUAGACUCAGUAUCAAAUAGUUCAACUCAUGUACAACCUUUAAUAGCUGUCAUGUCUAAUUCACUGAUUGGUCCAAAUCCGGAAGAGCGCUAUUUGGUUGCUGGUACAAAUGGUUACUAUGAUCCAAGAACAAUAAUCUGUAGAAUGAAGCCAUUUUUGCCCGACUCCAUUCUUGACAUAAUAACUGGAAUGGUAUAAGUAGUCUACAAUGCAGAAGAAUAAAAUAUUGUAGUCAAUCAUUAUGUGUGUAUUAAAGUGUGUAUUAACUUGAAAACGUGACCUGUAUGUGUCACGAAACGUCGUUAUUAACUAAUAGAGAAUUAGCUAUAUCCAAA